AAAUAGUUGGAGGGAAGGAGUGUGUUCCUCACUCUCAGCCCCAUCAAGUGUCUCUGAACUCCGGCUACCACUUCUGUGGUGGCUCCCUGGUCAACGAAAACUGGGUGGUGUCUGCUGCUCACUGCUACAAAUCCAAAAUGGACAUUGUCCUUGGGGAUCACAACCGUUGGUGGCUGGAUGGCAAUGAACAGAUCAUUGCUGCCGAACGUGUGAUUCCUCAUCCCAACUACGAGUCCUGGAUUGUUAACAACGACAUCAUGCUGAUCAAGCUGAGCGAACCUGCCAUCAUCAACGACUAUGUGAAGCCUGUGGCUCUGCCCACUAGUUGUGCCCCUGCUGGCAUCACAUGCACAGUCUCUGGAUGGGGUGUGACCAUGAGCUCCGCUGCUGAUAGUAACAAGCUGCAGUGUCUGGAAAUCCCCAUCCUGUCUGAUGAGGACUGUGAUCAAUCCUACCCCGGCAUGAUCACUGAGGCCAUGUUCUGUGCUGGAUACACUGAGGGAGGCAAAGACUCCUGCCAGGGUGACUCUGGUGGUCCCGUUGUGUGUGACGGUGAGCUGCAGGGUGUUGUGUCCUGGGGCUUUGGGUGUGCAGAGAAAAACCACCCUGGUGUCUACGCCAAGGUAAAAAAAAAUAAAAAAGAAGAAGAAGCUUCUUCACAGUAAUUUAUUUCUCUUCUAUGACACAAAAAUAUUCUUACCGCCUGCUGUGACAUAACAUUUUCGAUAUGCCUUUUCCAUUUAUGUUUCCCUCUCUCUUGCAUCAGACCUGCAUUUUCACAGACUGGCUUCAGAGCACC